AAAGAGAACUGGCCGUAUUGCUUUUACUUGUAGUAUAGUUGCUUGGUGCUGUGGGGUCCUGCGUGUGGCUGCCGGCUGGUAAUCUUGGGCUCACCAAUCCCACUUGGCUGGGUCCUCCCCCAAAGGGCCCAACAGAACCUGCUGAAGAUCCGUUCAUGGUGGCCACGUCUCCUCUCCUCGUGCCACGCAGAUUUCUGUUCUACGUCCUGAGCAACACUUACCUGCAUAUGGGAGACAUGAGCUCGAAAACCCAACUCCCCAGCAAAGAAGGGGCCCUGCCCGGCAGGUCUGAGAAGAUGAGGGUCUCUGCUAAACAUCAUGUCAGUGGCAAUUCCAUGGUUGAACCUUUCCCCGAGGGAACACAAAUGGCAAUAUUUGGUAUGGGCUGCUUUUGGGGAGCAGAGAGAAAGUUCUGGAGACAAAAAGGAGUCUUCUCUACCCAAGUUGGCUAUUCCGGAGGUUACACAACCAACCCGCUGUAUGAAGAAGUCUGCUCGGGACGGACGGGACAUGCAGAAGUUGUUCGAGUCGUCUAUGAGCCGGGAACCAUCAGCUUCGAGAAAUUGCUCAAGGUCUUUUGGGAGAAUCAUGACCCGACACAAGGAAUGCGCCAAGGCAACGAUGUGGGCACCAUGUACCGCUCUGCCAUCUACACCUACACUAUGGAGCAGGCGGAGGCAGCUUUGAAGUCCAGAGAAGAUUUCCAAAAGGUAAGGCUUUAUUGCAGAACACACAUGGCUGAACCUGCCAUAUUGAAUGAUAUCGUGUCAGGCUCCCAGGCAGCUCUUUCCCUAAAUAAAAUCAGCAGCGAGUUUUAUCAUGCUCCGCUCUCUCUCUCAUUUCCUCUCCAUAUGGGUAAAUGUGGCAUUAAGGGAGCAAGUGCAUAAAUUUAGUGGAAGGUG